GGCUCGUCCAUUGAGCGCAUCGCGAGGGGGCGGCAGAGCGCCGCAGCGGGCAGUGGGCAGCGAGGUCAGCGUGGGACACUGGGCUCCGGUCGAGCGGCACGGGGGGCCGGUAGGAUCACAGCGUGGGCCGAGCCAUUCGGUCGGGGUAAGCGCAGAGCCGUCGCCCCCCGCGGCCGCGCGAUGGUACAGCCCGGCCGGGUAAAGAGGCCGGGCGGCCCUGGCCAUCAAGGAAGAGGUAUGGGGCUGCGCGCGGGUGGAGCGCUCCAGAGGGCGGGUGUCGGACCCGGGGCGCCCGAGGGACAGGGGCCCGGUGGCGCCCAGGGAGGCAGCAUCCACUCGGGCUGCAUCGCCACGGUGCACAACGUGCCAAUCGCCGUGCUCAUCCGGCCACUGCCGUCCGUGUUGGACCCGGCCAAAGUGCAGAGCCUGGUGGACACGAUCCUGGAGGACCCUGACAGAGUGCCCCCCAUCGACGUCCUCUGGAUCAAAGGGGCCCAGGGUGGCGACUACUACUACUCCUUUGGGGGCUGCCACCGCUACGCAGCCUACCAGCAGCUACAGAGAGAGACCAUUCCUGCCAAGCUCGUGAGGUCCACCCUUUCCGACCUGAGGAUGUACCUCGGGGCAUCCACACCAGACUUGCAGUAGCAACCUCCUGACAACCCCACCCCCUCCACAUCAGCACCACUACCCAGCGCACAGAAGAUACAUGCAGCCCCCAACGGGCAGAAGCUGUAGAAGGGAUAUAUAUGUUAUACUUAAGGAGGGAGGUCUGCCUUUUGGUGCCUCUGCACUAGCCCCCAGGGACUAGCUCCCAGGAAUGAGGGGGUUCAGUUCUUCUGUCUAUGAAAAAAUAUCAUGGCCUUGACCCUGAAGGAAUACCAAGAGGAGGAAGUGAGAAAGGAGAUGGACUUGGAGACGAUGACUCUUGUUUUAAUCUUUAUGAUAUCGCUACAUGGACUAUGUACUAGGAAGUAAGGAAACCUAGGUCACCAUGACUUAAGUGAGAGAUACUUGUUAUCCCCAUAGCCUGAAUCCUGGGACAGGUGGCUAACACAGUGUUGUCUCUAACCCAGUAUUGUGUCAACAUCUCAGUGAAGGCAGGGCUUCCUCUCAGGAAUCCUCUGGCCUUGUCCUCAUUGCUUCUUACUUCGUAGUCACAAGAUGGUUGCUCUGUUUCUAGGAAUCAUGUCUGUGCUCAAGGAAGAAACCCACUGGACCAACUUCUGUCAGAAAGGAAAACCUUGUUCAGAGGUUCAGGAACCUGUUCUUUGCACAGUUGCACACAGUCGCCUUGGUCUGAGCUGGCCACCAUUGUCACCCACUGCUGCAAAGAAAGCAGACAUUAGGAGGCGCUGUCACAGCUGAGUGUGACUGCCUUGUUCAUCCACUGGCACUAGGUAUCCUGCAGUACAAUUGGGACCCCGUUAGUAGGAGAGGGAGACAUUGGCCUUGCUAUGAAACAGGCUAUCCCCAAACUCAAGUAUUCAUUUACCCAUGAUUCUAUAGGUUAACUAAGCUCCUUGGAGCAGCUCUUCUGGCCUGGCCUGGUCCUGCUCAUGAGCCCAUAGUCAGCUAUCACCUCAGUUGGGGCUGGUUGGGCCAGGAUCACUUUAGUCAUUGUGGCAAGUAUUGGCUGCAUUGGCUUGGUUAUCCUCGUUGCGCCGCUAUCAGGUCAGCUCUGGCUUAUUCUCAAGGUGGCCUCAGGGUUCCGAGAGAGAGAGAGAGAGAGAGAGAGAGAGAGAGAGUAGUCCUGACGAAGCUUGGCCUGGAGCAGUGGCUCAGAGCAGUGGCUCAGCUGUUAAGAGCACCUACAUGGUGAAUCACAACACUGUCAUCCUGUUCCAGAUGACCCGAUACCCUCUUCUAGCCUCUGUGGGUACAGACAAACACACGAGAACAAAGCACCCAAUUUUUUUUUUUUUGAGACACAGGGUUUUUCUGUGUGACUCUGGCUGUCCUGGAACACACUCUGCAGUAGCAGGCUAGCCUUGAACUCACAGAGAUCUGCCUCCUGAGUACUGAUAUGAAAGAAGGCGUACACUACUGUAGCCCAGGUACAUUUUUAGGUGACACAGUUUCUUCAGCCCUGGUGCCAGGACUGUGUCUUUGCUGCUCAGUUCAUUCCUUAGAUUCAAGGGGUAUAAACAGACUCAGCUCUCAGCGGGAGGAACUAGAAAGAACAUGGGGCUAUCGUUCAUCACAGAUGAGUCUUGGUGGGCAAGAGACAGAAUUCCUCACUCUCACACAUAAGCACACAAAGAGCCUUCCCAAGUCAGCCUUUAGGAUAUGUUCCCAAAACCUAGAAGUCAUGGAAUGGUGUCUUCACGAGCUGGGUACCCCAGCCCUUAAGGACAACUCACAGCAGAAUGAGGUGGGUGACAGGGCAUUCGGAGGGGCUUCUACAAACCAGGAGUCCAGGAGGCACUGGAAGCACCAGAGUGAGGUGGCGCUUGCUACGCCACACAGAGACCUUAGUCACUUGUCAUUUUCAAGCCUGUGCUUUCCCAGCUCAGUGGUGAGGACACCAGCUUUCCUACCCACUGAGUGUCCCAGAACAUGAACUUGAAAGGGAUAAAAUGCACUGUGGUGCUGCAUUGAUUCUUAGGACCAAAAAGAGACUAGGGAGAGAAGACACUUUAACAGGUCAACCAGGACUCAUCCAGUCUGGGUUUCAAUUACAGUUUGGGUAAUCACAUCUCUGUGGUGGGCUGGAUGAAGAAUGUAUGGAAACUCUUUAGUCUGCAACUUUUCUGUGAAUCUAAAGUCAUUCUAAAAUAAAAGUUUAUGUAAUGAA